AUGGUUCCCAUGCGAACGAUCGCUCACUGCGAUCUGCUACCUGAUCUUAUACAGCAACUUCUUGAAAGCAAUUCAGACACACAUCUGAUUGUCUGUGCGACCAGACCAGAAUUUCUGUUACAUCUGACGGCGGCGAUCCGCUCCCAACGUGCUGAUCCAGACACGGCAGCCAGCCAUGACCUUCUCACCAAAACCAUCGGGCUGCUUGCAAGAUCCAGCAAAAUCAGGCUGGCAUUCUGUCCGACGCUAGAAAGUCUUCGAGCGUAUCUCGCAGUUCUGGGCGCUAAUAGCAACGAAUCUACUGAGGAAAUCCGCUCGCGUGACCGGCAGCUCCUUUCUAUUCUCGAUAUGGUAGCUAUGCAUGUGACAACAUCAGAAUUCUCGGCGCAAGGGCUCUCGAGAACAUUGGCGUCUGCUGUUGAGGCUGCGUACAGUGCGGGUAUGGAUCUCCGACUCUAUGAGUGUACAAAUGCACUAGACCCUUCGAGUGCUGUUUGGGGAAGAAAAUUAUGGGAUAUGAGUGUCCCGUCACUAAAUGGGUCGGUUAGAAUGCGAGGGGACGAAAGCACUUGGGGUGGAAGGGGCGUCACUGUGAAAAGAGUCGCUGAACGCUGGUUUGAAUUUGACCACAGCCAUUAA